AUGCGAGACUUCCAGAAUGAGUUUCGCUGCUUCGAUGAGCUGACGGCUGAAUGCCAACAGGCAAUACAGGACGAACCUUUGAAAGAUGCUGUUCGCCGCCUUCGUGGACGAUUCAAAAUCGCACUGGACGAGUCUAGGUUCGAGAAACACAUUCAAGAUCUGCGGGAUUCCAUCGAAGACCUCAGACAUCUCCGAUGGGAAGAUCCUGAGCUGAAGCGAAAAAAGAAUGAGACCACUGCAACCAAGAGAUUAGGCCAAGAAUAUGGAGAUUUCUGCGAGGUCAGGAGGGCAUCAAAAGCCUUUCACGAAGCCCUUGCCGCAGCCUGGUCGACCUUGAGUGAUUCCACGGGGGUAGUCAACAUGCGCCAUACUGUUCGACUGUUCCUAGAAACCAAAGUCGAAGACGAUGUUCAGAUGCAUGUUGAAAUAUCCUGCGUGGGGCAUGAGCAUGCCAAUAGGACUUUGGCCCAGGAAAACUUAGCUAGAAUUUUGGUACGAUCACAGAUGCGAACCUGGAUCAAUAAUGAAACGGACGCCCUCACGUCAACCGCGCCCGAUUCAGACGACAACAAUCGAAAGAAACGAAGAAAGGUUCGUUUUUCGCAGGAUGUACGAGAGGAAACCAUCAAAGACGAAGAUGCCUCUCUUACAAUGAGGAAUGUUCAUCAUUACCGAGGCUCAUCAGUCAACUUGUGUUCCAAAGGUCUCUGCCUAGCGUUGAAGAGCAUUUUCAAUUUUGCGUCAGAAGGAGACUGCAGCAACGAAUGCAUAGGGUACAUCGACAGUUCAUCGCAAGACCCCUACCGACACUCGCUGUACCCCGGAUUCGUGGAGAGUAGCAGCCAGCUUGGUAUCCAAUGGCCGGCAACGGCUACGUCUCAAGCCCUGGUGUCAAUGAAUGACGUGUUGGCGACUCCCGCCGAGUCCACGCUUUCCAUCAUAGACCAACUCAAACUAGCCCGUGACAUGGUGAGCACGGUGCUCAAGUUUUACUCGACGCCAUGGCUCAGAGAGUACUUCACCCUGCGGGACCUGUCCUUCUUCCAGAUGAACGGAGACUUUUCCAGGUGUCUUCGGACCCUCCACCUGGGUUUCGAAUUUGUUCAGUCAUCCGCUUCCAGCCUGCCACGGCGCAUGGAUGGAAUAGAGUCGACGAACGAGCAAGAAAGCGGAGGUGGCGGGCUCAAAGAGGCAGAGACCGCCAUCGAGCGGGCGCAAUUAGAGCACGGCAUACGUAACCUGACACUCUGGAGUCUCGGCAUCACUCUGCUUCAGAUUGGACGGUGGUCGAGCUUGGAGGCCCCAGACGACGUUCUCAGCGUCCGGAGGCUAUCACGACAGGUCCCUCCCUUGGGACCAAAGUUUCGGGACCUUACCAGGAAGUGUCUAGAAUGUGACUUUGGGUUCGGCGAUGACCUGUUGAAGCCGCGGUUGCAGCAGGCGGUGUACCAGAGUGUAGUCUGCGAGCUGAGUGAGAUGAUCAAGAGCCUAGAUGUCAGCGAUGCUUGA